UCUUUUUCCUUUUGAUGUGAAGUGGCUGAGUAGCCUCAAAGAGCUUCCAUAAUGUUACUGGGCUUGAUUUUGCUAUGUGUCCUGCAAUAUUCGACCGGGGAAUUGACAACACCCGUAGUAAAUAGCGAUGCCAAGGACUUCGAUACGGCUAGGUCGCUGGAGCAACAGUGUCGAUCCUACUGCUUUCCUAUGGUAAGGUCUAUGCUCAAGGACGUUACGUCUUUGAGUAGUGUGGAAAAUGAAGUUGGGCAGUACAAAAGCAAGUUGAAUGACUGUGAGCACCGAAGCAGGGAGAUGGACGGGCUGUUCAACAUCCAGAGCUCGAUGUUGCAGAGCUUGAAGGAUUCGUACGUUACGCAACUUCGAAUGAACUCCAAUAUGGGAACCUACUUUGCGAAGUUGCUGUCGGACCUAGUGGAGACAGGCAGCGUGAAGUCCCCGGUCCACCAACCAGGCGAGAAUUCCCCAUUUCAGCAACUGCUUGAGCAGCAAGAAAGACUCGAGAAUCAGACUCCCAGCAGCUGUCGUAACUUCAUUGGCUCCAGCGAUAUUCAUAUGAUAACCGUUCCUGGAGUGGAUCCGUUCCCAGUGCCCUGCGAAUCGCGAGUUGCUGGACCUGGCUGGAUAGUCGUCCAGAGACGCAUUGACGGAGCAGUGAGCUUUGAGCGAAAGUGGGCUGAAUACAUGAACGGCUUUGGCGACCUGAGCGGCGAGUUCUUCAUUGGCCUUCAGAAGCUGCAUUGCCUGACUAAGCACCGGCGCCAUGAACUUUACAUUGAACUGCAGGACUUCAAUGAUAGCGUCGCCCAUGCCCGUUACGAUAACUUCCAAGUGGGCAGCGAGGAGGAAGCCUUCGAGCUCCAGUCGCUUGGCGAAUAUUCUGGAACUGCAGGCGACUCGCUGACCCACCACCUCAACGGGAACUUCUCCACUCCUGAUCAAGACAGCAAUCUGUCCACGACUAAAAUUUGCCCCCCAAUCUCAGAUUUUGGAGGCUGGUGGUUCGAGGAUUGCGCCCAAAGUUCUCUAAAUGGACUAUAUAUGGAUUAUUUCGCAAUUGCCGAUGACACUCAGCGUGGCAUCUUCUGGGCUUCAUGGUGGCCCUCGGACAGAAUGGCUUUGAUUAAGUCUGUAAAAAUAAUGAUCAGGGACCUUGAACAACCCUGGAAAGUUACAGAAACUACAGCAAAUACUGAUUAAAUUUCAAUUACAUUGCUAUUGAGCAAUAAAAUUGUAGCAAACAAUCUUA